GGUAAGCCGUUGAACAUUUACAUCAACAUGAACAUCAACGACAUCAGCUCUAUCAGCGAAACUAAAAUGGAAUUCUCGAUGACGAUGUACUUACGGCAGAUGUGGCGAGAUGAGCGCCUGAGAUACACGCACACGAAAUCAAACUUAACACUAAACCACAGACAAUUUGAUAGACUCUGGACCCCCGAUGUAUUUGUACGCAACCUGAAAGCCGGGGUUUUCCACCAAAUUACCGUUCCUAAUCGUUUGAUCCGAAUCUCUCCAGAUGGGACGAUCCUGUAUAGCCAACGCUUAUCGCUAACGCUGGCCUGCGAUAUGCAGUUCAAUAAAUAUCCCAUGGACAAUCAGACGUGCAAAAUUGAAUUGGGCAGUUACGCCUACACAACUGACGAAUUAAUGUUUUUUUGGCGAACUGAUGCGAAGCCCGUGGAGGUGAACCCUUCCAUCAGCCUGCCAGAGUACAUCAUCCAGGGCAUCUCACACAUCGUUUGCAGCCAACAGAUGAGUAGUACAGGCAACUUUCCGUGCUUGAGGGCAUAUUUCCACCUCGAAAGAAGGUUGAGGGCCUACGUGUUGUCAGUCUAUCUGCCCAGCUUGCUGGUUGUACUGCUGUCCUGGGUCUCUUUCUGGAUUGAUCUGGAAUCAGUACCAGCACGCAUAUCUCUGGGCAUACUGACAAUGUUGACAAUCACGACCCAGAGUUCAGGUCAAGGUCGUUUCCCCGCCGUCUCCUUUACGAAGGCCAUAGACGUCUGGAUGGCUACCUGUCUGGUUUUUGUGUUUGGCGCGUUCAUCGAAUACUCAGUCGUCAAUGUUUUGGCUAGACGGGAUAAAAAUAAACCCUGUCCGUCUACUAAGAAUGUUGGUUUUUACGUGAUGCGGUUGGCUGGCGAUUGUUUAUUACUAUUAUUAUAA